GGUGGAUGGAACGCCACUGGCUAUACGGGAUCGCUCCUCCGGAUUUAGCGGACCUGAUUCAAAAAUACCCCAAGAUUUUCCUAGACGACCUGCCCGCUGGACUCCCGUCGAGCCGACCAGACCACCAUCGCUUCGAGUUGGAACCCGGCGCCCAACCGACAAUACAUCGACAAUUUCGGCUCAGCCAACCGGAACUGGAAGAAUUGCAGCAGCAUCUGUAUUACCUCUUAACGAAAGGAUUCAUCUCGCCCAGCACGUCCCCGUACGCCGCCCCGAUACUGUUCACACCGAAAAAGGAUGGAGGAUUCCGCAUGUGCAUCGACUACCGCGCGCUCAACAGGAUCACCAUCAAGUCGCGUUACCCGAUCCCGCGAGCCGACGAACUACUCAACCAACUUCGCGGAGCCAAGUUCUUCUCGAAAAUCGACUUACGAGGAGGUUACCAUCAAAUUCGCGUCGCCACCGAAGAUUGUCACAAAACCGCAUUUCGCACCCGCUACGGCAGCUACAAAUACUUGGUGAUGCCUUUUGGCCUCACGAAUGCGCCCUCGACUUUCCAGAUGACCAUGAAUGGCAUUUUGAGGGAACUCCUGGAUAAAUGCGUUAUUAUCUACCUCUACGACAUCCUAAUCUACAACCGCAGCAGGGAGCAUCAGUUAAAGGAUCUUGAUGCAGUCUUCACGCUGCUGCACAAGAGUCGCCUCAUCACAAAAGAGUCUAAGUGCGAUUUUCUUAAGCAGGAGUUGGAGUUUUUAGGUCACGUCGUUUCUACCGAAGGAGUGAAAAUCGACCCCAAGAAAAUCAAGACCAUACAGGGGUGGAAGCCGCCAAGCAACAUCAAAGAGCUGCAGAGUUUUUUGGGUUUCGUCAACUACGUCCGCCGAUUUAUCCCAAAUAUGGCUGGGUUAUCUGCCCCGUUAACCGACCUCCUCAAGGAUCACGAUUAUUUUUGCUGGGGAGAAAAACAGCAAGCUGCAUUCGACCAACUGAAAAUGGCCCUCACGUCGCCGCCCGUCCUUCGCAUCUCCGAUCCCGACCGUCCAUACGAAGUCAUCACAGACGCCAGCGACGUCGCCAUCGGUGCAGUUCUCCUACAGGAUUUCGACGACGGAUUACAGCCGGUCGCCUACGAAUCACGAAAGCUUCAGGGUGCGGAAAAAAACUACAUGGUACACGACAAGGAAAUGCUGGCGAUCGUCCACGCGUUCAAGAUCUGGCGUUGCUACCUGACUGGCGCUGACGUCACUGUGCGGACCGACCACAAAUCCCUCCAGUACCUGCGAGCCCAACCGAAUCUCAACCCGCGACAAAUCCGUUGGCUCGAUUUCUUCGAGUCGAAUUUCCACUACACCAUCACCUACAAACGAGGCGCCAACAAUAUUGCCGAUGCCCUGACUCGACCCACUGCCCAUACCGACGCCAUACUACAGCAUACCACUGCCACCGGACAGUAUUUUAAUAAGCGCGAUACUUCUCGCAUCUGGGUACCAGGCUACGAUUUAACUCGUACCCUCUUAAUACAGGAAUCCCACAACAACCCGACCUCCGGGCAUUUCGGAGUCGACAAAACUCUGAAGACAUUGCAACGCUACUAUUAUUGGCCGAACAUGGCAGAUGACGUGCGCAAGUACGUGUCCUCCUGCACCGCCUGCCAGAUCAUGAAUUCCUCCCACCAACGAGCAGCCGGACUACUACAGCCGUUGGAUCCGCCCGAGCGACCUUGGCAAUACAUCACGAUGGACUACGUGACAGGACUGCCGGCCGGUCCCAGCGGAAACGACGCCAUCCUCGUGAUCGUUGACCGACUCACAAAAAUGGCGCACUUCAUCGCCUGCCAACAGACAAUUACGGCUGAGCAGACUGCCCAAAUGUUCAUCGCCAACGUCAUUCGCCUGCACGGACUGCCCACCGCAAUUAUUUUAGACCGAGGCCCGAAAUUCACAUCGAAUUUCUGGCGCCACCUGUGGGACCAGUUCGGCACCAAACUACAGUUUUCAUCCACCUACCACCCACAGACUGACGGGCAGAUCGAACGCGUCAACCAAACUAUGGAGCAACUCAUUUGGACUACCUGUAUUGACCCACAGACAUGGGAGAAAUCCCUUCCGCUGCUGGAAUUCGCGUAUAACAACGCGCCCUCCGCCACAACCCAUCAGUCCCCAUUUUUCCUCAACUAUGGACAGGACCCCGUGGUACCCGCCACCCUGAACAUCGAGAUACCCAUGCCCCAGUCCCAGAAAUUUGCUGAAGACAUCCUCGCCGCCCGAGAAAAAGCAGCCGAGGCAAUCCGGAAAGCCAACCUGAUCGCAAGCCGCCAAGCCGAUCGUCACCGACGUGACGUCACUUAUAAAGUGGGAGAUCUCGUCCUACUCGAGACUCGCAAUUUGCGGUUGCCGCUCCCGAGCAAGCUCCGACCCAGAUUCUGUGGGCUAUUUCAAUGACCUUGUAUUCUCACGAUAUAA